AUGAACCGCUGGCCUGCCAUUCUACAUGACUACCAGGCCAUGCGGAGACUGGUGGGGAACUGCCCAGCACUGAGGGGACGGACAAGAAUACAGCUGUUUGAGGUCAAUCAGCGGACGCUUUCUGUCUGGUACAACAACUACAGGAAGAAGCUGGAGGCAGAUGUGCUGGCUCUGAGUGUGCCCUUACCUCAGAUCAGCAUGGUGUCUCACACCCAGCUUCCUGCAGCCAGGCAGAUGACGUCAAUGCCCUCUGCACCUGGGUCAUCGCUUCAACCUUUCCCCUAUGUGGAAAACCCUGAUCUGUCAGGUCAGGCCACGCGACGUGGGCAGCGACCUCCUCCCCCUGCAUCAGCAACACCCGCUCUCUCUGCUCCACGGGCAGCAUCCCUCUCUGCUCCACUGGCAGCAUCCCUCUCUGCUCCAUGGCCAGCGUCUCUCUCUGCUCCACCGGCUGCUGCCCUCUCUGCUCCAGCAGCAGGAACAUCAAUGAGCAGAACAACUCUGUGGAGGAAGAGGAAGGCUGCAGAGUGUUUAGCUCAAGAGCAAGGGCUGCCCCGUCCCCAGCAACCUGCGCGAAAAGAUUACACGUGCACUCGAUGUGGGCAGCCCAGAAAAAAAGAGUUUGGGCACACCAGGGUGGGCAGCUUCUACUUCUGUGCCACAGCAGAGGGAAAGACACUAGAAGAGUGGCUGCAUGAGAAGAGGAAUGAAGGAAAUCCUUAA